AUGUGCAUCAAAGGUUAUCCCUUGACUGAGUGGGUUACGAGAGCCGCCAUCACAAGUGCUACUCUACGAACGCGACUAAGGCGAGACGCAUGCCACCGAAAACACACCCCGAAAGCCCACGGAAUCCGCAUUCCUACACGAGAGGUGCGCACUCAAUCUCCCCAGCAAGUGACAUCGCUGACGGUAUGCGUACUGCACCACGACGUCGUCUCACACCUAG